CCUUCGUCUCAAACCACUGAAGUAGUGUCUUUAGUAGGCAAUAAUAUCAGCAGUAGGGUUUUGAGAGUGAAAAUGGUGAAGGCAUGGUUCUACAACGAGUAUGGAUCUCUGGACGUCCUGCAAUUUGGGGAAGUCCCAGAUCCAAGUUUAGGGCCUGGCCAGGUUUUGAUUAAAAUUCGAGCAGCUGCUCUCAAUCCUGUGGAUUUCAAGAUGCGCCAGUAUGGCAUUUUCCGCACCGCGGAUGCCCCCUUUCCUAUGGUGCCGGGGUGUGAUUUAGCAGGAGUAGUUGCCGAUGUGGGCGAAGGCGUGUCGAAAUUUAAGAAGGGCGACGAAGUUUACGGUGACAUUCAGGAUUUCACAGUCGGAAACCCUAGGCAGGUGGGCACUCUGGCAGAGUUCACGGUUGCGGAAGAGCAUCUGUUGGCUUUGAAGCCCACCAAUUUGUCUUUUGAGGAAGCCGCCAGUUUGCCGCUUGCGCUCUUAACCGCGUUGCAGGCGUUCGACUCAGUUGAUUUUCAGAAGGGGCAGAGCGUUUUUAUUGUGGGAGGUGCAGGCGGCGUGGGCACUCUGGCGAUUCAGCUGGCAAAGCAUUUUUUCGAAGCUUCUAGAAUUGUUUCGACUUCCAGUGCGGCGAAAGCUGAGUUUGUGAAAAGCCUGGGGGCAGAUCUGGUGGUGGAUUACACCAAGCAGAGCUACGAGCAAAUAGAUGAGAAAUUUGAUUUUGUUUUCGACACCAUGGGCGAAUCGUUCAAGUCUCAUGUGGUUGCAAAGGAGGGGGGUAAAAUUGUGGACAUUGCAUCAUUUCCUCCGCACGAGAAAGCUGUGAAUUUGCUUGUGAAGCCCCUAGGCAGCGAUUUGGAAAGGCUGGCCCAAUACAUUGAGAGCGGGAAACUGAAACCUAUAAUCGAUCCAAAGAGCCCGUUUGCUUUUUCUGAUGUUUUGGAGGCAUUCAAACACCAGGAAAGUGCGCGAGCCAGAGGAAAGAUUGUGGUUUCCCCCAUUGAAUGAGUGGUGUAGAUUUGUCCUGUCAAGAAAAGACUGACAUUAACGUACAACGUGAACGAUCUCCUCUUAUCGGAUAAAGAGAUCUUAUCUGAUUUUGUAUUUCCGUUUCACUUUUAUCGAAAUAGAGGAAUAAAAAGAAAGGUGUACAUGCUUGCAAUCAUUA